ACCGAUGACCGCCGGAGGAAGGACCCCGAGGUGUUCCAGACAGUCAGCGAGGGCCUGAAAAAGCUCUACAAAACCAAGCUGCUCCCCCUGGAAGAGCACUACAAGUUCCAUGAGUUCCACUCACCUGCGCUGGAGGAUGCCGACUUCGACAACAAGCCCAUGGUGCUCCUCGUGGGGCAGUACUCCACUGGGAAAACCACCUUCAUCAGGUACCUGCUGGAGCAGGAUUUCCCAGGUAUGAGGAUUGGACCAGAGCCUACAACUGACUCCUUUAUAGCAGUUAUGCAAGGAGAUGUGGAAGGAAUCGUUCCUGGAAACGCGUUGGUGGUGGAUCCCAAAAAACCUUUCAGGAAACUCAAUGCCUUUGGCAAUGCCUUUUUGAACAGGUUUGUUUGUGCCCAGCUACCGAAUCCCGUGUUAGAGAGCAUCAGUGUCAUUGAUACGCCAGGAAUCCUUUCUGGAGAAAAACAGAGAAUUAGCAGAG